UCGAAACCCGUGCUCUAGCUGUAUCUCCUCCUUCCUCAUUCUCCUCUUAAAACCCUAACAAUAAAAGUAGCGUCUUGUAAAGAUUGAUCAGAGCUCCAGCCCGUUCUAGAUGUUAUUUUAACUUUCAUGAAACUGUACCAUGUCUUUCACAAACGGUCCCGAAAAAUUCUUUCAAUAUGAUAUGGAAGAGCUGCUUGAGAAUGUCCCAGAUGAGCUGAAGAAAAAUCCUGCUUUCAUGAAAGAAGUGCAAAGUUUAGCUGACACAAAAUUUCCAGAUGAUGGACCUUUAAACGAGCAUGUUACUGCAUCACCCUUAGUUGAGGUUUUUGCUGUUAGCAUCCAUAGUUAUAAGUCCACCUUGUUUAAUGAUGGAAAACCAUGCGAGGUUUAUGGUGAAGUUAAGGUGACUAAUGUUGAUACUACUGAUCAUCUCUACAAGCGAGUGGAGGAAGAAUCUGAGAUUGUAUGUUUGGGAGGAAGCUUGUCACUAACUGGACCAACAUCAAGUAUUGUUCCAUACCUGACUACUAAAUUGAAUAUACAUCUUAGAGAUAGGGUUCGGGAUAUUGAGAUUGCUCGAGGGCAGAUUGAUUUGGAUUUCAGGACUGAAGAUGAAAGUGAAGCACUUAAAGUUGGGUUCGUUCAAGGAGAAUGUGGCUUUGCUGCUGUGCUUUACACCACACUACGAUCUGCUGUAUUGGCCAAGUGAGUGUUAGAGUGCUAAAUAAGCAAGGUGAAGAUGAUGAGAGUUGUAGUGGUUUGAUUUCUCCUGAUAUUUAUGGAAGCAUUGUUGCUCGCUUUGUUAAUAAGUAUGGAUUCUCAAACACUGAUGUGGCUAAACAAUAUUUCAGUACCAGUAACGCCGCUCAGAAAGACUGUCUUUCAGCUGUACUAUUCGAAAAGAAGCCACCAAGCCAGUAUGAGUAUGAGUAUGAGUAUGAGUAUGAGUAUGAGCGGGUUGAACAUGGAACUCUUAUUGGGUUGUCCAGGUCUUUGGUGGUUGUGCCAGCAUAUUCAUCCCUUGUAAUCGAGGUAGACUUAUGGGAUCAUGGCACUAAACUCCAGUUUGUUAAUGGCACUGCAGAAUUCCGGGCUCGACGUUGUGGCAAUGGAGAUUGUAUGAAUCUUCAAGGACAAGAUUGUGUUCUCAAGCUGCGAGUGACCUGGGUACAUGAAGAUGUGUGCCUUUCCCCUCCAAUGAUACAGAAUAAGCGUGAGCUUGCAGUCACCGAUAAAAGAAAACAAAAGAAGACACGAACGAAGUUCCAGAAGAGUCCUGAGCCUCUUCGCGGUCAUUUUCCAAUCAUCAAAGGGUGUGCAUCUUCAGUUAAGCCUAAGAGGCUAUGUAAAUUUCCGAUGCUGGAGGUGUUUUCGGUUUUUAUUGGGCAAAACAACGGCAAAAGUGCUGGUCUGUAUGGUAAGAUUGAGGUGUUGUGUGCUUUAGGUAGAUUACGUAUUUUCAAAAGAGAGAAAGAUAUGCCACAACAGUUAUCUCCUUUUGAAAAAAAUUCAUCUACACUUAAUCGAUGUAGGGGAAUCCCGGGCACUCGUCUAGGUAUAGUGGUGGAUUUCAAGGAUGCUCAUAGCCCUUUGGUCAUCCAGGGUUCCCUAUGGUGGUGCGAUUUUAGUCUAGAGUAUCCUAAAUCGUGGUUUGAUAAACGUAUAUGUUCAGUUAUUCAAGGUGAGUAUGGGUAUGCGGCAAUACAUUAUACAAUAUUCUCGGCUGCUGUGCAGGCAAUUGUUAAGGCUUCUAUCUCAACGAAUUAUUCUUCUGAUUUUCCUGUCCAAGUUUAUGGUAGCAUUGUCGCUCAAUAUACAAACGUAAGCUACUCAACUACCUACGAAAACAAAUACUACCGGAGUGUACUUUUUGAGAAGACUCAAGUAAGUGAGAUAACUGACUUCAAACUUUCAAAAUAUGUUGUUGCUGUGCCUAAAGACUCAUCCUUAAUUAUCGAAGUUGAUUUAUACUUAAGUUCAUCCAUUGGAGAAAGCUACGGUCAUGGAAAUGAUGUAGAGAAUGGUACUGAACAUAUUAGAGCUAGUGCAGAGUUUGAGGAUGAUGGUAGUGGUAGUGGUAGUGGUAGUGGUAGUGGUGAAUCAUUUAGGACUAUUAAGGGACAAUAUUAUAACAUAGAAUUUGUUGUAGAAUGGACCGAUAGACUCAUGACAAAAGAAUAACGGAUAUCUUCUAUCUUAUGUUUUGAAGAAAAGGAAAAGCACUAGAAGACCCUCCUCAUGAGGGGCACUCCUAUCUUUAGAUUAGAUGCCUUUUUUUGGUACUGUAAAAUUCUGCUCAUAUGUAAACAUGGCUUGCUCUUAACUCCAUGAAUGUUUCAACGGUUGAUUUAUGGGAUGGUAUUUAUGAUUUCA